AUGGAGGAUGAGUUCUUCUCUCGUUUUCCAGGCUUCCAGCCUAACCCGUCUCUCUCUGCAAGCGAGGAAUUUUCUCGUCUAGCACAUUAUAGGAAUUGGACUACUGGUUCUAAAAGAUACAGAAAAGAACUGGUCAAAUUCGCAAGUACUGAGUUUGGACAUUAUUAUGAUAUUGGUAACAAACUUCAAAACUACCAAGCUCUUUGUCAAGAGUUGCGGGUCGAGGGGCCUUUAACUAGCGUCACGCAGUGUCGAAAGGCUCUUGCUAAAGUACAUGUCAACAUAUUUGACCUGAUCGACUCUCGCCGCACAGGAGCGAUCGUUCAAAAAUUUCCUAACAACGCCGCGCUAAAGAAGUACACCAAAGACACCCAGAAGAUAUUCCCCAAGCAAGCGGCCAAAGCAGACGGCUUUCUUAAGGAACUACUGCGCAGGAUCUUGUGA